AAAGUACCCAUAAAUAUAUCUCACUGCUUUAAGAAAACUUUGGCGAUUGUAGUCAUACUGUUACAAGCAAUCGUUGUGAUUAUCUGAUGGCUAAAUUUACUCUUGCAAAGUAACGCAAAUAGAUUUGAGACUGCGCAAAUGACAGCUUUUAAAUUAUAAAAGUUAUUUGUGUUUUUGUUUUUUUCAAAAUUAAGAAAAGAUGUUUCAGUUAAAAUGUUGUGCAAAAUAUAAGUUAGUGUCGAAAAAACUCGUUUUUGUACGGUUGUAUUGGAUACUUUGGUUAUCUAUUUUGGUUAUUGUCAAUCAAGCUAGCAGCGUGCGGAUGCAUGCGAUAUUGCCAACUACUGCCGGCUUCUAUCAAAAAUUUGGAAAAUACUGUGGACAUCAGGUGCACACCAUUGCUCACUAUUCUCCAUCCGUAAUCGGGCAAACGCUGGUCAAAAACAAUUUUGCUCCUACUAUAUCCGCAAACUAUACACACCCGCCUUAUGAAAAUGCGCUACCCAGUGGUGAUGUUGGUGAAGGCGGCAAUGAGGUAGUUGAGCCAUCGUCACCAGUGGUAAUAAGUGAAGCUUUGCAAAUCGUGAACGAGUGGAAGUAUUUAGAUUUCGAAUAUCCAAGUUACGCACAGCGUCAACAUGCCAUUGCAAAUCGUGAUUUUGUACCGGAAAAUAGUCUUCCAUUGGGUAUUGACGUUUAUGGUCAACGGAUAUUUGUAACAACACCACGAUGGAAGGAUGGAGUGCCUGCCAGUCUCAGCUAUCUUCCGUAUCCAGCAAAAGAACGCAGUCCCGCUCUACGCCCAUAUCCGGAUUGGAGUUUUCACAGCAAAGCUCAACAGCCAAACUGCACAAAACUUAUAUCCAUUUACCGUAGCUCGAUUGACACGUGCGGCCGCUUGUGGGCAAUCGAUUCCGGCGUUGUAAAUGCGAUAGUUCAUUUGAAUCAGAUUUGUCCACCAAAAAUUGUUGCUUUUGAUUUGGUUAAUGAUAAAAUGGUGAUCAGCUAUACGCUACCGCCAGAGCAACUCAAACAAGACUCAUUACACUCAAACAUUUUGGCUGAUGUCCACCCCGAUCACUGUACCGACGCGUAUGUCUACGUAACGGAUGUUUGGCGAUUCGGUAUAGUCGUCUACAGUUUGGCUAAUAAUCGCAGUUGGCGAGUCACCAACUACAACCUCAAUCCAAAUCCGAUUGCAUCAGAUUUUAAUCUUUAUGGACUAAACUUUCAGUGGUUGGAUGGUGUAUUUGGAAUGAGCCUGUCCUUGGAAGAACGAAACAAUCAAACCAAUAAUGGGCGUAUACUCUAUUUCCAUCCAAUGGCCAGUUUCAAGGAGUUUGCAGUUUCUACAAAACUGUUGCAAGACGAAAGUCUGUGGCCAGAGCGGGCUCAAGAAGCUGCCAAAUAUUUCGUAGAAAUCGGUGAUCGAGGACACCUUAGCCAAUCUUCCACAGCAGCCAUCGCUCGGAAUGGUGUUAUGUUCUACACACAAGUGCAUCGAGAUAAUAUUGGUUGUUGGAAUACCGCAAAACCAUAUGUACGUGGCAAUUUGGCAUUGUUGCUAAGCAACAGUCAAACUUUGGUACAAUUUCCCAACGACCUGAAAGUUGACCAAGAACUCGACCAAAGCGUGUGGGUAAUAAGUAAUCGGCUGCCGAUCUAUCUUUAUGAUAAGCUUAAUAACAGCGAUGUUAAUUUUCGAAUUUUACGUGCAAGUGUUGUAGAAGUUAUUCGCAACUCUGUGUGUGAUCCAAAAAUGCUCAUAGCACAUAGUAACAUUCCUGUUACGGUACAGUUACGUGAGGGACAAUGCUACUGAAGCCUUAAAUUUUCAGCCAAACUUUCCAUGAAAAUGUACUGCGGAAUUAAAAUAUGCAGCAUAUCAAUAACACAUUAAGCAAACAUUUAAAAAUAAAAGUUACAAUUUAAAUGUGA